AUGGAACCUCUACGACUUAAACCCCGACAACCAGUGGAAGCCGACAUCGAGGACUGGGAUGAUGACGACCUUGUCGUUGAGGGCGACGACUUGACUUUCCGCAGCCCGUCUACCGCCACAAACGUCCCCUCUCGGCCAUCUUCUUCCAGACGUCGCGACUCUGGCUCGUCGCACUUUUCCUUCCGAUCUGAGUUGGAGGGUGAGGAAGAGAAGCACGUCCACAUUCCUGGAGAUGACGAGAAAUCAACCCGAGAUGCCAUCGCCGCUGCCCAAAAUGCCGGCAUUCCACUACCAUCAAAUGUACCAUCAUCCGCCUUGAUGGGCGGCACUAUCAAACGUCUGGGUGGAAGAAAAAUACGAAAGAUUAUUCAGGACGACUGGGAAAACGACAUGGAGCUGCCCGACACCUCUCAAGGGUUCAAGAUCAAGAAGCUGGACCAGUCUGCCUUCCCCGAGAGCCUGCGACAAGUUAGCAUCGGCUCCUCUUCUACACAGACCAGCCCGGGUAACGUCAUCAAGAUGGCCUCCGCUCUUGACAAGGAUGAUCGGAGAGAGUCUAUCCAGUCUGCCACAAGCAACUUGUCCGCCGCCAUAAACCUGGACAGGUUCAAAGAUGCCGAAGAAGAUGACGACUUCUUCGGAGACGGCGGAGACACUAUCAGGGUCUCCAAGAGCCGUCAACCUAAACCUGUUUCCUUCAUCACACCACCUACCCCCCAGAAGGAAACAAAGCCCACAGAUGCCGAGGACGAUUUUGAAAUGGACCUCGAGCUCCCAUCAGACGGAAAGCUCAAGCUCUCCACAAGAAAAGAUAUCCCCAAGACCCCCGUCAACCAGUCCGAGGAUCUGGAUUGGGGAGAAAGCAGUCUCGGAACACGAUACGGUGGGACGCGACGGGAUGCACGAUCUGCCCGAAGCUCGUCAGCAUCGGCCCUUAGCCCCAGCGUGUCUAGUUCGAUCACCGCUGAAAGCGAGGAUGAGACUUUCGAUGGACUGGUCCUCCCCCCCGGACCUGUCAACUGGACUGAAAGGCUGCAGCAGCGCCGGAAGAGCCGGUCCCCACAGCGAAUUUCCGAGGAACCCAUUGUACCUCCAAAGAAGGCGUCUGCAGCUGAAGCUGAUAGGCCUGACUUCCUGGAUGGUCUGGACCUUGGUGAUGGCGAUGUGUUUGACUCGAGCAAGCUCACUCUCCACAAGAAUGUUAGGGUCAAGGAGACGCGGCCUGCGAGUCCCGCUCGGCCCAAGGCGGCAGUGUCUCUCACAUUCACCAACAAGCCUGUCAACACUCGGAUACCUCGGCUGAACCAUCAUGAGCGGACGCACUCGACAUCUCUGGAGCCUGUAUACGAGAGUGGUGCACCCCAACGAAGCCGUCACUCUCAUUCUAGGCUGGGCCACUCUUCACAAUCUUCCAUCGCCAGCCUUCCAACACCUACUACAACUUCACCCCAGGGUUUGCCACCAACCCCUCGAAGAAGGGAGCUUGGUCUCAGAACAUCGACGAGUUCGCUCCGAACUGAGCCAACUACGACUAGUGCUCAGCUUCUUAAGCAAAAGCGUUCCCUGCCAGCUAUUAGGGCUCUGAACUCGUCGACCAAGCCACCCAGCUUCCGCAAUGAACGGCCGCCAUCGAGGUCGGAGAGCAACCGACCAUCGUCUGGGGUGCGUCCCAAGACACCUGUGGAACGCCAACGACAGAGUGCCUCGGAGAGCCCUGCAACCACUCGCAAGUCUCAAAUGCCAUUCCUGCCUGCUGGAGCCUCCCAGUCACAGUCACAGCACGCCUCAUCAAAGAACCUGCGUAGCUUCCGUCGUCACGACUCCGACAACUCGAUUGACCUUCGACCCAACUCUCGCACAAUAUCCAGGUCAACGAUGCGGUCUCCCAGUCCAAAUCACCGUUACCGAGUCGCUGCUGAUACGUGGGAGCGACUGAGCAAACCAAAGAACAAGAAGAACUUUGGUGACGGACAUGAGCUGGACGGCUUUGACGAUCUACCCACCUCCAAGGAGACCGAGACCAAAUACUUGAAGCAGCCUACGACAUCGGGACCUAAGGCUGCCAUACGGAACAAGCUUUACCACAACGUUCUUCCGGACAGGACCUCGACAAUAUCUCCAUCAAUACCGCAGACGCCGCGGCCUUCUUUUACGCCUCACUUUGCUCGUGACACGGCUGCGAGUAGGAUCGCGAGGGAGACAGCUCUGGCCCAACGAGUCCCUAGCAGCGGCUCGUUGACCCCUUUAAGCACCCAACGUGCUACCCAGCUCAAUACGAGGGCCAGCAAUCUUAACCCUUCUCUUCCUCAGUCGACCGUCCGGUCCAAGAAGCACAAGAGACACCAACAGACAAAACCUCAUCUCAUCUCGAACCUGAAUAGCGGAAAGGAGUCGAAGAUGGUGAACGGGAUGUAUUAUAAUGCAGACACAUACCGGUGGGAAGGUAACGAGAAUGCUCUGCAUGUCUUUGACCCGCCGGUGCAAACACCGACUCAGGUCGCAAGCAACACACGCGAAAAGGAGGCGCCGACACCUCGGCCCGCGCUGAUCACCAACAUUAGCGCGACCAAGGGUGUCCAGGUCGUCGGUGGCAUGGUCUUUGAUCCCCAAAACAUGUGCUGGCUCAAACUUGACCAGCCUACAAAGCCAAGCUCCGAGCUCAGUGACCCCAUGGACGGUUUCGAUGCCCUCGACGACGAGGACGUUUUUAAGGAUAUUCCCGAUCUCGAAGACAACACUGCCGAUGACGAGGGUAUCCAGGGCCGUGUCAGCGACAUCAAAGAUGACUGGCUCGUGGGUGAAGAGUUUGAUGUCGGACCCGAGUUCAUCAGGCGACAGCGCGAAGAAGAGGAGCGGUGGCGGAAGAAGUGUGAGAGAUGGAUCGGCCGAGGCACGCGAGAUCGUGAAGCCUGGCGAUGGACGAUCCGAGAACUCGUCUCUCAAUUUGACGACUUGGCCAUGUGA